AUGAGUGAGAACAAGGAGAAGAAUCAGCAGCAGGAAGGUCCUGAGAAAGUGGAACCGCAGGAGAGGUUUUUGAGCAGAGCUGAAAGGAAUUUUUCCCAGUGCUUGGAACAGGGAAAUGCCUGGGGAGAUCGACACAGAUCAGAGAUGCAGCUGGGAAACUAUCCCAGGAACAAACUGUAUGAAUCCAUUCUCUCUGGCAGAGGAUGGAAGGAUCCCAGGGAAACCACAAUCCAGCAGACAAGUCACAAUGAAGAGAAACCCUACAAAUGCCUUAAGUGUGAGAAAAGAUUCUGUUUCAGUGCAACUCUUCUUACACACUGGAGAACCCACACAGGAGAGAAGUCCUAUGAAUACUUGGACUGUGGGAAAAGCUUCAGUAAGAAGUCAUUUCUUAUUAUACAGCAGAGACUGCACACGGAAGAGAAACCCUAUAAAUGCCUUGAAUGUGCAAAAGUUUUCAGUGUGCAAUCAGCCCUUAUUAGACAUGAGAGAACUCACAUGGGAGAUAAACCCUAUAAAUGCAUGGACUGUGGGAAAACUUUCAGUCAGAGUUCAGACCUUAUUAAACAUAGGAGAAUCCACACAGGAGAGAGACCAUAUAAAUGCCUUGAGUGCGGGAAAAAUUUCAUUCGCCGCUCACACCUUAUCAAGCAUCAGAGAGUCCACACAGGUGACAAACCGUAUAAAUACCUCAACUGUGGGAAAAGUUUUGCUGACAGAACAAAAUUUACUAGACAUCAGGCAAUCCACACAGGAGAGAGACCCCAUAAAUGCUUGAACUGUGGGAAAAGCUUCAUUCAGAAGUCACAAUUUAUUAUACACCAGAGACUGCACACAGGAGAGAGACCAUUUAUAUGCUGUGAGUGUGAGAAAAGUUUUAUUCAGAAAUCACAGCUUAUUACCCAUCAACGAACCCACACAGGAGAGAGACCUUAUAAAUGCCUUGAGUGUCAGAAAAGUUUUAUGCAAAGUUCAUCUCUUAUUCAACAUAGGAGAAUCCACAGAGGAGAAAGACCCUAUAAAUGCCUUGAGUGUGGGAAAAAUUUUAUGGAACGUUCAUCCCUUAUUAAACAUAGAAGAAUUCACACAGGAGAAAGACCCUAUAAAUGCCUCGAGUGUGGGAAAAGUUUUAUGGAAAGUUCAUCCCUUACUAAACAUAGGAGAAUCCACACAGGAGAAAGACCCUAUAAAUGCCUCGAGUGUGGGAAAGAUUUCAGUCGUCGCUCACACCUUGUUAAGCAUCAGAGAACACACAGAGGCGACAAACCCUAUAAAUGCCUCGAUUGUGGGAAAAGUUUAGUUGACAGAACAAACCUUACUAGACAUCAGGCAAUCCACACUGGAGAGAAACCCCAUAUAUGUUUGGACUGUGGGAAAAGCUUCAUUCAGAAGUCACAACUUACUCUACACCAGAGAGUGCACACAGGAGAGAGACCCUUUAAAUGUCUUGAGUGUGGGAAAAGUUUUAGUGAGAGCUCAAAGCUUACUAGACAUCAGAGAACCCACACAAGAGAGAGAACCUAUGGGUGCCUUGAGUGUGGGAAAAGAUUUAUGCAAAGUUCAUCCCUUAUCAAACAUGGGCGAAUGCACACAGGAGAAAGACCCUAUAAAUGCCUUGACUGUGGGAAAGGUUUUAUCGCAAGUUCAGCCCUUACUAAACAUAGGAGAAUCCACACAGGAGAGAGACCCUAUAAAUGCCUCGAGUGUGGGAAAACUUUCAGUCAGCGCUCACAUCUUACUCAGCAUGGGAGAACGCACACAGGAGAGAGACCCUACAAAUGCCCUGAGUGUGGGAAAAGUUUCAGUUUCAAAUCAGGCCUUAAUAUGCAUCAGAAAACCCACACAGGAGAAAAAUCCCAUACAUGCUUGGACUGUGGGAAAACAUUCAGUCAGCGCUCAUACCUUACUAAACAUAGGAGAAUCCACACAAGAGAGAGACCUUAUAAAUGCCUUGACUGUGGGAAAAGUUUCAGUAAGAGCUCAGAGCUGACCAAACAUCAGAAAAGCCACAAGAGUGAGACCCUAGGAAUAGCUUGACCUUAGGAAAAGAUUCAAUUUGACUUCACGCUUCAGUGACCCACACAACAGAGAGACCUUGAAUGUGGGGGAAGCUUCAUUUGAUGCUCCUGGAGUAUCAAACACCCGCAAAUCCACACAGGGAAGAAACCUCUGAGAUGUUCUUAGUGUGGAAAAUACUCCAAGUGGCGCUAACACCAUGUUGGACGUCAGAGACUCCUCCACACAGCAGGAAAAUUCUCUCAGGGCCCUGACUGGAGCCGGCCAGGGUGACAAACCCAUUUCCUAAUUCCCACACACAGCAGGGUGUUUGACUCCCAAGGAUCCAGCUGCCCAGCGCUGGGGUGAGGAUGCAGCAGCAGCCGAGCAUCAGCUGGUCAGUGCCCCUCUGGCUCUGCCUGGUCUAAGCAAACCCCUGGCAGAGGAGGAGAAGCCCCGAUCAGCCCCUCCUCCCUGCUGCAGCCCUGCCUGCUUAGCUGAUGGGCUUCAGGUGAAGGAAAGGAGAGAGAGAAAAUCCUCCAGCCGCUCCCUCUGACUGGCUGAAAUUCCCCAUCUCCAUGGACAAUGGAGUGCCCUUGGAGGGUAGACUAGUCCAUCCCCCUCUGCCUGAGACCCUGCCCCUUCUG